AGACCAUCAACCAUGAUGGGAGCAGCAGUGACUCCCUGGCCUGGCACAAUGAUGGAUCGAAUGUCACUGGAUGAUAUGCCACAUAAAGGUGAUCGCAUCCACAUGUUUGACGACGCAUCUGGCCACAGCGGAGUCAAUCAAUUGGGCGGAGUAUUUGUCGGCGGUCGUCCACUUCCUGAUUCAACUAGACAAAAAAUAGUUGAAUUAGCACAUUCAGGAGCACGUCCUUGUGAUAUUUCACGUAUUCUGCAAGUAUCAAAUGGAUGUGUUAGUAAAAUAUUAGGCAGAUACUAUGAGACAGGCAGCAUUAGACCACGUGCCAUUGGCGGAUCAAAACCGAGAGUUGCAACAGCGGAAGUUGUUAAUAAAAUUUCACAUUAUAAACGAGAAUGCCCAAGCAUAUUUGCAUGGGAAAUUCGAGAUAGAUUAUUGCAAGAUCAAGUUUGCACUAACGAUAAUAUACCAAGCGUGUCUUCCAUAAAUCGCGUCUUACGAAAUUUAGCAGCACAAAAGGAGCAACAGCAACAACAAAGUAUGCCAGAUUCAUCAUCGCCAUCACUCGGUGAAUCAGUAUAUGAUAAAUUACGCUUGCUAAAUGGGCAUCAAACAAAUCCAUCGACAACAGCAAGUUGUUGGCCUCGUGCUCCUGCAUGGUAUAGUAGUAGCUUGAGUGGUAGCUCACCAUUUCCAAUUCAACCGAUAAGCCCAACAGGACAUGGAAUGGGGACACUAAGUGAUGAUAACAGUUCAAGAAAAGAAAUUGAGAGUCAACAUUCGGAUGAAGGAGGUUCCGCAGAAGGCGAAAAUUCAAAUACAGGAUCGUUAAUUGGUAGUGACGAUGAUCAAGCUCGAUUAAGAUUAAAACGAAAAUUACAAAGAAAUCGAACGUCCUUUACAAAUGACCAAAUUGAUAGUUUGGAAAAAGAGUUUGAAAGGACACAUUAUCCUGAUGUGUUUGCACGAGAACGACUUGCGGCGAAGAUUGGAUUGCCCGAGGCAAGAAUACAAGUAUGGUUUUCAAAUCGUCGUGCAAAGUGGCGACGUGAAGAAAAACUUCGAAAUCAACGAAGGACACCAACAAAUGUUGGAACAACUGGCAGUAACAACGCAAUAAAUCAAAGCACAAACACAAGUAUCAGUACAACGGCAACAAUUGGAGGUAAUGCCGACACUCCUGGACCAACUGAUAUUCACAACAGUUUGAUUGGUAGCUCACAUAUCCCAAUUCCAUCAUUAUCGCCAUCUCGUCUUAAUAUGAAUCACGCAUUCGGUAGCACAAUGUCUUCGAUGUAUUCAUCAGGAAUUCCUCCGGCAAUGCCGAUGUCUGAUUCAUAUAGGUAUGACGCCUAUUUACAAAGUACUAACAAGAGUAGCGAAGAAAUUAAACAGCAACACAAUCACAUUUAUAGCACAAUUUCGUCAAUGUCUUCGUACUCGCAUCCAUCGAUUGGAGCGCUUUCAUCUUCGCCCGGGUUAGGAAAUAAUAAUUCUGGCGGUUGCUUACAGCAACGAGAUUUAACGCCCCCUUCCCCAUAUCAAUGUCACGUUCCGCGAACUUCAAUUCCUCCAGCAACACUCAGCUCUGGCGGACUUCCCCCAUCAUCAAAUCCUCAUUCCGCUUAUGAUACUAUUAAUUUGGGCGGAUAUGCGCCUCGACAUUCGCCAUGCAGCCCAUCACAAGGAUAUCAAAUGAAUGGUAGUAUGUACGCAACAAGCAAUACAAAUAGUGCAGGAUUGAUUUCGCCAGGCGUUUCCGUGCCAUUAGCCGUUCCGGGACAAACGACAACAGAUAUGUCGGCACAAUAUUGGUCUCGAUUACAGUGACCUUGGUGUUAAGACGACUCGAUCAUCAGCAAACAAGGUUUCAAUCGUUUCAAUUAUUAUUAGGUAAUCAUUGACUAAAUGUCAAAGAAUUAUUUGCAUAUCUUACUAUUUGAAAACAUAUAAAAUGCACACUGUUAAAUACGUUAGUUACAAUUAUUCUUUAAAAUUUUUGUAAAUAUUAAGAACCAA